CUCCUUUCCUGCCGUAUGUAUACUAUACAAAGAGUAGCUGUUGCUUGCAGUGCGCAUGCCCAUAACUUGUAGUGUAGCGUACCAUUUGGCUGAUAAGUCUCCGUCAACUGAACGGCUUUUACGCUCGCAACUACUGCUUCAGUUGAGAUUUACUCAUCUGAGUGUACGUACAUAAAAAGUUACGGUGUGGAAGCUCUACGUCACAUUAACGAUAGUGACGAUGUUAACAAUCCACGUUGUGCUGCUCUAAUUAAUAAUUGUUUAUAAACAAAAAAGAACAACGCCGGGCCGCCAAAAUUUUCCCAAAUGACAAAGAUAGUAUAGUUAGCACAAUAAAAUGUAAGUGCAGCAAUGGGAGGCAGCCGGAGUUACAGUGUGAGCAGUAAUGGCAGUUCAAACGGCGUUGUUGGUAGCACCCGCAGCGAAAAUUACAGUGAAAGCAGUGGCGUCGCCAGUAGUGGUGGCAAACCUCUACCACACAAGACCACACAGCUACUCUACAGCAGCAGUGUCUACAAGGAUGGUGCUCCCACCUAUAUAGAAGGAAGUCUAAAUGUUACGUCCUCACUGCAGCAGCAACAGCCGGAAGUUCAACGGGUGCGGUCACAACGUGUUAUGUGCCGAUGCUGCUUGUCCGAGCAGCAGCAGCAAAAGCAGACUUCGUUGCGAGAAUCCUUCAAGUCAUACCCUGAACAGAAUGAUGAGGACGCGGCAAACUUGGAGUUUGUGCCGUUGGACACAUUAGCUAUGGUGGACUUGGGCGGCGAUAAUUUCAUUACCACGCCGUCAGCUGGUGGUGAUUCAUACAAAUCACCGUUGAGCAGAAUGUCCUCGACUAAGGAUACGAAUAAAAAUAGUAGUACGACGAAUAAAAAUAGUAUGAACAAAAAUACUAGCCCCAAAGGACCAGUGAAUAAUAACAAGGCGAGCAGUAUGAAUAGCAACAGUAUUAACGCCACAUUGCUCGACUGUUUAAACGCAAUUGCGCGUAUAGGCGCCUCACUUGCGGACAAUGAACUACCUCAGCACAUCUGUCUUGACUGCUGCCAUAUGCUAGAGAUGUGUUGUGAGUUUAUACGUUGUGUACGGAAUGCGGAUAAAAUACUUCGGAGGCGUUCUGGACAGCCGGCGAAACGUCUGCGACAACAAAAACUUCUGCAUCAACUGCAGCAGCAGCAGUCGCAGUCGCGCCCAACAACAACUGUUGAGGAGGGUUCAGCAGCGAAACGUAGGCGACGCAGCGAAGAGAAAGUGCAACAAGAACAUCGUGUGAGUGUCGGCCGUGCCGGUAUCAGUGCUAAAAGUCGUAGCUGCAACACGCCCAAGUCAAUAUCCUUGCCGAAUUCAGUGAUGACAGUGACGGCGGCUGCAACGUCGAAGUGUUUAGAGAAUGACGAAUUACCGGACUUUGGCUUAGCGUCGGACUGCGUGGAGAGUAAUUUUGUACGCUCGUUUGAUAGUGGUAUUGAGAUAGACGAGGACUUAUGUUCUGUCAAAUCGAGCGAUUGUAGCGCAAAUGAGAACUCAAUGCGCUGUCACCUGACGAAAUAUGAAGGAUAUACUUAUGUGGUCGCCGACACUCUUUCACAUGAUCUCGAACGUUUUCACCGAAGUGGGCGCUCACAGACCACUACUGGUGAAAGCGGUGCUGGUAUCAACCAACUGGUGACAUAUAAAUGUGGAUUCUGCCUUUUUGAGUGCACCGUACGACAGGAGUUGAAUAGGCACUUGCAUAUACACUUAGGUCCGCCGCAACACAGCUGCCGCAAGUGUAGUUUUGUUGGACAUUUCAAGUUUUUACUCGCGCAGCAUAUGCGUAAUGUACACCACUGUGCAUUGGAAGCAGUUGGCGUGGGUCCAGAAGGUAGUAAAAAAUAUGUUGAGUGGAGUGGUGACGACAUCGCUCGAAGUUACGGUGGUGAAGCCGAGGGUCCCAAAUAUCAUUGCUAUUUAUGUAGUAAAUGUUUUCUAAAUUAUGAUGGCCUACAGCAACAUCGAAAAUCGCAUAAAGUUUUUUGCAAAUGCACAAUGUGUGCCUUCAAAAGUUCGACACGUGAGAAUGUUUUGGAGCAUUUGGCCAAAGAACACAAAAUAUUGGUUGAGAGGCGUUUAAUUGUGAAAUAUAUACCACUCCAAAGGAUUAACGCUCAACAUUCACGAGAGCUAUCACCUACAAGGGGCCUACACAUGUCGGCAGAACCAAAACAGAUAUCGAAGGAUAACAAGUAUCGAAAACAUUUAUGCCAAUUUUGUGGCAAAUGUUUUGAUCGUCGUUUCCAUCUUCUCAAGCACGAGUAUGGCGUACAUCGCACGGAAAUCGAAAAGACAACGAAGGGAGGCGUUGAUGCUUUACUUCGCUCCCGAUUGUCCAGUUUUGACUCUAGCAGCAACUCAAAUAAGUUUACAAAACUCAAAUAUAUACGCCAGCGUAACUCUUCGCAUGCUGCGCGCCAAAAACGUUGUAUCGAAGAUCUCGCACUCCUGCACGGUUUACAGCCUGGACAAAAUAUAAACAGUAAAUUUCAAUGUGAAGUCUGUUUGGCUGUGUUUAUGUUCAAUUUCGAGUUAAAAUAUCAUAUGCGUACUCACAAAAUCAACACACUUACGCAAACUACGUUGUGCAAGGGUCUAGCUGAUGAAUGUAUUAGUUCAUUUUCUUCGGCAAUGUCUUCAUCAGUAGCACCAGAUAUUAGUAUUAAACCCCAGGAGAAGCUCUUAGCUGAAACUGGUACAGAAAAGGAGGAUAUAAACGAGGAAAGAGUCAUUCAUGUCGUUUGCACUGGCAAUGAUGACGGUAUUGAUGGUGAAGAUGAAGGUGAUGGCGAUGGUGAGCCUGUGAAUGAUAGUAUAAAGCCUACGCAUGGGCUCUCAAAUAGCACCCCUUUAACUCGUGUGCCAGGUGGUGAUGAUCUAGAUUUAAUGGGUUUAGUUGCGCCCCGAAUUUCGCCGAGGAGCUCAUUGGACGCUAGUCCUGCCAGCAGCAAUACUAGUUUUGAUGUCAAUUAUGAUGAUCAGUUAUAUCUGAAUGAAUUCGAUUUGGCUCUGUUGGAUUGCAGUGGCGCAUUUGAUGGAUAUUAGUUGUCAUUUCUCGUUUGGCAUUAUUAUAGUUUUUUGUGAAAAUUUUUUUUGCUUGUUUUCAACAAGUAUGUGAAUUUGAAGGGAACAAAUAUCAUAGACUGAGUAAAGUGAAAAGCAAUAGAAAGCCAAUUGUAGCAAUAUUUUCUCUGUAAAUUGAAUAAAUAUUUUAAAAUAAACACUAAGAAAAUAUAAUAAAUACGAAAAUAUCUAUACAUACUUUAAGUUAGCAUUAAAAGCUUAAGUUUUAGAAGUUAUUAAUAUUUAUAAUAAUUUUUUAAGCAUACAAUUAUUUUGAAACAUA